GCCAAGCGGGUCGGGGUUGAGUCCGGCGUUCGGUUUCGGUAGUGCUUCGACGGCCGACCCCUUUCAACGACCCCGCAACUUUCGAUUCCUUCGCGACCCCGCAAACAUGGCGAGUUUAUCCGGCGCGCCGAGCCGCGCGACGACGUUCCGUCGCCCCCGAAACUGCACGCGAUCCUCCGAAUGAUUCGUUCUCGCCGGACCCGGAGGAAGAUCCUCGGGAACGAUGACUCGGCAACUGAGGGAAUACUCCUGCGUGACUUAGAGCGCUGGCCCGACGAGAAGAGACCGGCUACGGCUCGCGGCGCCGAUCGACGUCCGUGAAGGAUGAAUGCGUCCGAUGAACUUUCUUCCGAGAUCACCACUGAAUAUGAAUUACUGAACGAGACUGAGUACCUGGAGGAGAUUCUGGGCAUCAAGUACCUACCCCUGGAACUGGUGGUGCCCAUCACCCUCGUGUACAUCGCGAUCCUGGCCGCUGGCAUCGUUGGCAAUCUAGCUACCUGCAUCGUCAUCUACAGGCAGCCCUACAUGCAGACACCGACGAACUGUUACCUGUUCAACUUGGCGCUGUCCGAUCUGUUGCUUUUACUCUGGGGUAUCCCCUUCGAGCUGAGUCAAUUCUGGGAGCAGUACCCGUGGAUCUGGGGACUGGCUAUCUGCAAACUGCGAGCGUACAUAUCGGAAUCGUCCUCAUACGUCUCGGUGCUGACGAUAGUGGCGUUCUCGUUGGAAAGGUAUCUGGCGAUCUGUCAUCCGCUCCGUCGUUACGCGAGCGGAAUAAAGGGUCCCGUGCGUGUUAUCCUGGCCGCAUGGCUGGUGGCUUUGGUUUUUGCGGUGCCGUUCGCUCUCUACACCACCGUCAGUUACGUCAAAUAUCCGCCCGGGUCGAAUGUGGACUCGCUGGACUCCGCGAUGUGCACGAUGCAGAAGGAGAACAUACCGGAAUUUCCGCUGUACGAGCUGAGCUGUCUCGUAUUCUUCCUGCUGCCUAUGGCAUUCAUAGCGGUGCUGUACACGCGAAUGGGCUUAAGAAUACAAAGCACCAGCCUGGAAGGCGCCGUUCACGGGGAAACCACGCAGGCUCACUCCAGAAGGACCAUAAUUCGAAUGCUCGGUGCCGUGGUGAUCACGUUCUUCAUUUGCUGGGCGCCGUUCCACGCGCAGCGGCUCAUGUACGUGUACCUGCACGAAUCGAAGUCGUUCGCCGACAUCAACACCUGGCUGUACCUACUCAGCGGUUGCCUUUACUACUUCAGCACGACCGUAAACCCGAUUUUGUACAACCUGAUGAGCGCGAGAUACAGGGACGCUUUCAAGGAGACGCUCUGCUGCUGCCCGAGCAGGUCCUCCAUCACCAGGCUGGAUCUGAGCAGCGUCAGGGACACCAGCGGCGCUCGCGGAUUCGCGUCCAGGACGGGAUCUCAGGUGUUCUGCAGGAGGAACACCAGUAACCAGCGUAGCAUCAAAUACAACGCGUCGAUCCGAGCGGAGAAGGUUUAAUAGGAUGCCGUUCGAAUAACAGAGGCGAAAGUGCCACGAAGAUCGGCGAGAACGAAGAAUCCCUUGAUCGGCCGUG